AUGGCUGCGCCGUUGACAGACUCGAGGCCAUUCGCAUCGCCGGUGCAAUACUCGGCGCAUGAAGACCUUCCGGCAACAGAAGUUCCUCGCACUGAUUCUUUCGUUGGCCUCCCACCGAUCCGUCGAACCUCGACUUUUGGCCCGCUUGGUGACAAGAAUGGCCAAAGCGAUGACGGCGAAUCUGCCGACGCCGACUCAUACCGUGCAGGCGUGCAGGACGUAAUACCACCGGUGCCUGCGAUCCCGUCCGGCAUGAUGCAGUCUGCCAAAGGUCAACAUGACUCAGCCCAGUAUAGCCAAGUGUCUCACCAACAGUCGCAAGGCCCCGCUGCUCAGUAUAAUCCGCACGAGGGUCAUUUGGUCAAUGGGCAAAAGGGAUAUCACUUGCCUAACGGCGCAUAUCCUCCUGCGCCAGGCCGGAACGGCGCACCAGUACAGUUUCCUGGAAUUCCGGUCUCGCAGUUUUCGCAGUACAACAUGAAUAUGCAAGGCCGGAAUGGAUUCCCGUCGCCGACUGGACUGCCAGGCAUACAAACGGGCAUGCAAUCAUCAAGUGCGCAACCAGCCGUGCGGCCUGGUGCAGCAUCUCCGCCUUCGGCUGGUGGGAAUCCUAUUCAUCGAUUUCCUCCACAAGGCCAAUGGAAACUCGAGGAGUCACAACUGUCCGAGCCUUUGAACACAUCCAGGAAGACGCAGACACCGCCAGCGCAACAGACUGGAUACUAUGCCGGAGAUAAAGAGACCGAGUCUCUCGUGCCUGUAGGAGGUCCCUCGCAGCUCCCGCAACGCAAUCCGCGCAAUAAUUCUCAACCCCCCGUCGCCGCGCAACGCUUUCCUGGCUUAUUUCCGGCAGGAAGUUCAAAUCAGUCACCAGUUCAUCAGGAUCAUAUACAAAUGGCACCGGCCGCACAACAAGCGCAGCAACACAGGCGUGAUAGUAUGGGCGUUUCAAGGUCGCCCACCCGAGACUUGGAGGAUGACAAUAAGCGCCAGCAGUCUCUGCUAACUCAGAUUGGUGGAAAGAUUAUGCCAACCCGAGCAAGACCUGACAGUAUUUCCAAAGAUGGCUUUCAGGCAGACGAGGUCUCAGUCUCCGAGACGAGCAUCAUCACUGAAGACGAGCCAGAAAGGAAACACAAGCGAGCGUCAUUCUUUGGGAUGGGUAACUCAGGCAACACUGGUGCGCAGUCACAACCAGGCCAUGUAGACACUGCACCGCAGCAGUUUCAAAAUUCUGGUCCUGGUGAAAAGAAGAAGACGUUUUUUGGAGCGAGCGGCCUGGCGAAGCAGAUGACCGGUAUGGGCGGCGGCAAGACUGACAACGCUUCCGGCGGCAGCGAUACCAAUUCAAAUCCAGGAAGUGGUGCGAAAAAGCGCCUGUCUGAAUUUAGAAGCAUCUUCAAGAGCGGUCCCAAGGACGAUGCUCAACCCAACAAGACAGAAAGGCCGACGUCUGGUAGACCGUCAAUGCAAAGCUCGAUCCGACCUUCUACUGAAGACCAAGGGUUUCACACCGGCCAAACCCAACCAAAUGCGCAGCUGGGUAUGAUGGCCCCUCCACCUAUCAAUCGCGGACGUAGCAGUACCCAGGGUUCUGUUCAAGGCACUCCAAUGGGAUUGCCUCCAAACAUGGGGCAACUGAGACCUCAGCACACGGGAGAUGGUCCAGAGAAACGGGCACCAAACGGCGCUCUAGCAUCAGCUGGCGGUUUCUUGGGAAAUCUUCUUGGCAAUAAGCCAGGAUCCAGUGCCAAAGAUCCUACAAAUCCGCAAAUUUCGCAAAUGGGACAGCCAGGAUACGGCCCAAUGUCAAUGGGAGGUCAGCAACCUCAACGAGGGCAGUUUGCUCCAUCGAGUUAUCAGCAUCCUCAACAAAUGGGCCCACACGGACAACCUAACUAUCCUCCAGGCCAGCUUCAAGCUCUCAAUAACCGCAUGCGGCAGAUGUCCAAUCCCGGCGUACCACAACAGCACCUCUCCCCAGGGCAACCUUCUGGCCCUCCUCAACAGAAAUUGCAAGAUCAAACGCGGGCCCUGAAUCAUGAUGCCCGGGGAGCUCUCGAUCCCAACCGGAUAACUCCGACGGGAGAACAUCAACGCAUUCUGGCUGCUCCUGCCAAUGACGACUCCCCACGGUCCUCUCAAGAGUUCCUCAGGGUGAAUAGGAAGCCCGUCGGCUCUGGUUCGUCCAGACUAGCUUCUGGAAGCAUGAUUGCACCUCCUGCAGCCACAAGCUCUCAGCCUCCAUCCAAGUCAGAGGUCGAACCCUCUCGAACUCCAGAACCUUCGAAUGAGUUUGGCGGUGAUGGCCAGAGGCCUUCAGAGAUAUAUCAGAGCCACCAGAGCUCUCAUCUGGGGGCCUCUACCCAGGCCGGGCAUAUACGGCAGCCGUCUCUGCCGACACCGUCGCAGUCCCCCGCCCCGCCACCCGGCAGCCCUGGAGCAAACAGGAUCUCGGCCCAAUCUGGACAAUCAAGCUUGAGCCCAUAUGUUCAACAGCAAGGUUUCAAUGAUGCAGCACAGAUAGGCCAACCCAAAACAGUUAGUGGAACAAAUGGAGGGUCGAUGCCUUUCCAACCUUUCCCUGGGCAGCAAGUACCAGGAAUGCAGGGCCCGCCAGGUCAUGCAGGUCCGGGCCAGCAGCCUCCGUUGCAAGGCCCCGGAAGACUCUCCCCUCAGCCUACGCAGCCGUGGGGCUUCACCCGCACAGCAACCCAGCCGCCAAUGGGACCGGCAUCAUCUGGUCAGCAUCAGCAAAUGUAUCCAGGUCAAGCAGGCGGGGCGGCUGGAUCUGUACAAGAGCAGAAGGGGACCAUGUCGAAAUUAUUUGGAGCUGGUAGGAAACGUAAUUCGACUUCGCCUCAGCCACCAAUUGGUGGUUUCCCCAUGCAAACCAAAGAAAAAGAGAGCACAUCCUCAAAACUACUUGGUGCCUUCAAACGUUCUUCCAAGCAACAGGAUUCGAGUAAAAUGCAGCAGCCUGUCCUGCCUCAGGCGCAACGGAUCUCGGGGCGAGCGGAAGCACCAGAUCAGCCGAUUCAACCCGCUCAACCCGUUCAAGCCAACCAAAUAGGUCAACCUGGACAACACUCCGGCCAGCCUGAUCAAUCCAGCCAAGCAAUGCCUCUUUACAUGACUCCAGCUAGGCGCGGGCAGUCGCCAGCUCCUGGACCAAUGCCUCAAGGCUCUCUUGGUGCAUCUGGACAGCCACCACGAGCGUCCCCAGGUCUUGCUCAGCCUGCACAGUUCAACCGCGGUCAGGCAUCGCCGCCAAUGCCGGGCGAUCGCGGCCAACUUCCGUCGCAAACAACACGAGUUGGACACGGACAAAUCUCGCCCGCGGUGUUACCCAUGAUGCAAUCAAACCGGAGCCAGGCUCAAGCUCCAAGAUCAGAACCGCAGUAUGCUGCCGUGCCAAUACCGCGUGGCUACGAGGCAGUCCAUGGUUACGGCGUGCCAAAUAUGCUUGCUCAUAGUCCAUAUUUCGUAGGACGGGGCUCUCCACCGCAGCAUUUUGGGACACAAUUCCAGCCUUUAGUGCCCCAGUACUCUGGUGCUUCUCAGCAGUUCCAACCAGUGAUGCCCCAGCACACUGGUUCUUCGCAGCAUGUUCAGCAAAUGGUGCCUCAACCUACGGGUAAUAAUCCAGCUGACCCCCAACGGCCUUCGCCAACACCAUCCCAGCAAACCCAAUCGGCGCCUGGCCAGCCACAGAACCAGAUUCCACCGCAUUCGGGCGUUGCAGCAAAUUCUGAACAGGGCAACCAAUUGCUUCGUGUGGAUGACCAUGCACCGCCUCAACAGUUCAUGACUCGACAAGGUGGCAGUCCCGACUCUCACCAGCAAGUUCCCGCUGCUCAGGAAUCUUCCGCAAGAAACUCCCCACAACCUGCCCCGGGUGGCGAUGCUUUUCUGUCUCCUCCAAGCCAUGAAAACCUCCAACAGAGGCCCUCUGCUCAGGAUCAAAUUGUGGCACCGGUAACCAGAAAUGAUGAUGCACAAGCACCACGAACCCAGCCUCAACAGAUACUCACCAGUAUGGGACAGCUCGAGAUGCCGCGUAAUGCCUCACCUCAGAAUCAGCCGCUUCCUGACUCAGCGACCACCUUCUCACCUGUCAAUGCAGCGACUGGAAGACUCUCUGAUCCGCCAUUACCACCAGUCACUUCGAUUUAUAAUGGGGACCAACAAUCUGUACACAAUGCCAGCCACACCCCAUCGCCCCCAAUGGGCGCCCAGAGUGCAGGACGUUUUGGUCUUCAUCACAUGACCAGUAGUCAAUCGGUAGCAGAAGACGCUCGCCAUCAAUCUUACGGUCGAGACGUGGAUCCGCACAGACACUUCAACGUCAGCCCUGAACCUCCAAGGUCCUUCUCUGUCCCGGCUCAACAGCUGUCGAACCCCAAUCUCAUUGUCAAUGUGAAUAAAGCAAACAGUCACAGCUCUGAUCGUGAUGAUCUGUACGAUGCCACCCCUCGGAACUCCCAUCCGUCACAGCCGCAACAAGUGCCCAUGCAAGAACCUGUGCUACAGCAUCCUGACGAGCCAGCACGGCAUGAUGGGUAUGGUGCUGCCAUGGCAGGCGGUGCUGUGGCCGGGGUAUUUGCCGGGGAUGUCACGUCUAGCACGAUAUCAAGAACAAGCAGCAUUCAAGCUGAACCAUCCCAGUUGGUCGCGCCCGCACAGGCAGCGCCUAUGGAGCCCGAGGAAAAGAUCCUCGUGGACCAGCCUGUUGAACUGGCUGCCGUCAAUGAUGACGAUGAUGGAAUGCCCAUGAUGAGUGCAACUUCUUAUCCUGGCCAAGAAUGGAACCCAUACGGCGCGGGCGAGUUUGGCGAUUUCGACUAG